CGUAAUCAACGAAUGUUUUGUUAGGUUAAAUUAUAUAAAUUGUGCAUUUACAUUGACAGAAGUACAAUAAUGUUGGGGAAAAUAAAGACAAAGCAAGAGAAAGGAGAAAUUGUUGCGUAUAGUGAAGCAGCUAUUGUAAAUAAUGCUGCUGUUGUGGAGUAUUGUAGGAUAUCAAUGGCAGCUUUGUCAGGUGGUACAGCUGGUUUAUUAGGAUUAACAGGUUUAUACGGUUUUGGCUUCUACAUUUUUGCAGUAUUUGGAUUAUGGGCAAUGCUACUACUAAAAGCUGGCGGUCAAGGGAAAAAAUAUUUUAUAAGCAGACGAAAUCUUUUGACGGGUGGAUUUUUCGGAGGUCUAUUUACAUAUGUGCUGUUUUGGACAUUUUUAUAUGGUAUGGUACAUGUAUACUGAUCCAAAGGAUUUCUAGCAUUAAGAAUAUAUAUUUUUUAACUAAAUAAGUAUGUCGUUAUUUAAUUAAAUAUAUCACAAGCAAUUCGCGAGUUACUAGCCAGAGUAAUAAUAUUGUUGAAGAAGCACAACGUGAUGUAUUGUAUAUGUAUGUACAUAGGAUAAAUUCUUUCAAAAAUACAUCUAUUCCACUGUUCCACCUGCCCAAUUUCGUUCAUUAUUACAUCUUGUUCAGGAUAUAAACACUCAAAUCGUUACAACGUUAUGUCCGUUUAUUUUUAUGACCACGUACUAUGCAUACAACAAAUAACAAGUUACA